AUGACAGACCACAGUGAUCGCUUUAUGGAGUCCUUCGCCCCAGCCAAACCACCAAAGCUUGAUGAGCUAGAGGCAAAGAGACAGCAGGUGAUCAUGGAAUAUAAUCAAAGUACGCUCAAUGAACUGUUGAGAGAAAACUCGCUGCGUCCUGUCAGAGUGGGUCAAGUUAAUGUUCUCGGAGACAAUCUGCAAUUUCGAGAUAAGUUCCUCGCGCGUCAGUUACACCCCUUGUUAAAGAACCCAGGCUUGUUAACUUUGAAGUCAUUUCUACAUAAAGUCGAUACCACAGCUCACAACUUUACGAAAACGGCAGCAGUUGAACAAGUGAGCUCCCAAAUUGAUUCAAGUGUCUUUAGAUCACCAGGAAAUUCCCCUGACAUGCUUGAACUAGUAGCCAAUGUGAAGCUCAAACCAGUUAAAAAACUAUUUAUGAAAGUUGGCACUAAUGUUGGUAACGGAGAAGGAGACGGCUACCUAUCUCUUCAAUGGCGCAACAUUUUCGGUGGUGCAGAAACACUUACCUUUGAUACUAAUAUGGCCUCCAAUCAGAUAGGCACUAGAAACAGAUCACAAUAUCUCCUGAAUUACAGUAUGCCAGUAUUAAACAGCCCAGAUCAAAAGAUCGACAUUUUGCUUUACCAUUCUUCCAGAUUCAUAGAUUAUACCACUUAUCAUGAGCAAAUCGUUAGCGGGAUAACUACAAAGAUAACAACCAAUCACCUCCCAUUCGAACAUCGCUUUAACCAAGAGCUUUCAUUAGAAAAUCUCAUUCGGGCAAUCAGUCUCGAGCCAUCUCCUAAUGGCUACCGCAAUAAUUCACUAAUCAAUGACUACUUCUUGUUCAAUGCUGGAGAGUCUCCAAAGUCGAGCGUUUCAUACUCGAUCUCCCACGAUACAAGAGAUCGGCCAGUGUUUCCAACUGCGGGACAUUUGUUCAAAUCUAUCACCGAAUAUUCCUUUCUUCCUGCCUCUACUUUCUUGAAGACCACUCUGCAGCUUUCACAAGCAUUCAAGAUUAGCAAUUCUUUGAGCUUAAGCAUGACUACAAAAUUGGGACUCAUCAAGGGCCUGAACAAUGCUCUUAUUCAUCCGAUGGACAAAUUUCAGUCUGGUGGGCCUAACGACAUUCGUGGUUUUUGGACAUCAGGCAUAGGACCCAAGCAAAUGGGACUCAGUAUUGGAGGUGACGCAUCUUUCAGUUAUGGGCUCAGCCUCUUCCAACGCAUACCAUUCCUGUCAUCUGACUCCAAUUUCAAGCUUCACUACUUCUUCAAUUCGGGUAAACUGAUUAACCUGGAUACCUCCAAAUCUGUUUGGGGCUUGCCCAGUCUAUUCAAUCAGCUCAAUACCACGGCAGGAUUUGGAAUUGUAUAUGCGCAUCCGGCAGCCAGAUUUGAACUUAACUUCACUUUGCCGAUCGCGAUACAUAACGGCGAUGAAGUGCGCAAGGGCAUUCAAUAUGGUAUCGGUUUAUCAUUCUUGUAA